AUGGCAUUUCGCCGAGAGGGAUUGUCCAUUUUUGUUCUGCACGUCUUCUGCAUCGUGGUCACCUCUCACUUCCAAGAUGCGAGUGGCGACACCGUCGCCAACCACUUGAUUCCUGACGCAGGCCACGAACCUUACAGCUCCAGAAAAUCGCUCGACGAAUCUAUCGAUGCCUCUGAUCAAAUCUCUGCCCUCAUUCGCCACGCGAUUUCUAACCUUUGGACUGUGAUCUUUCCGAGUUGGCCGAAUCGUGGUGAAGCGACCUUCGACCACAGUGUUCAGGAGAAAGCCGAAGGUGAAGCAAGGCGCCUGGCUACGGAAGGACGUGCGUCACCAGAGGUCUGUGCUGCCGGAAUGCAGUGGGCACUCACCUGUAAGUCGACGCAUACGGCUGCGGCAUACGAUGGAUGCACCAUAGGGGGUUGA